CAUUCCGGCGGGUUAGAACGUUGGGUCGAUCUGCAACAUCGGCCGAGCAAUGUGAAAUGAACUGUCACGCGCGCGAGAGUUCUCGCACUUCGAGAAGCGCCACGCCUGAGGGCCUGAGGAAUUGUUAGGAAAAGUUAUGGAGCAACAGCAAACUGCUACACGUCUAUGCUUGUCCAUAUCGUUUUGGUUAUAAUCUUCUUUGGUUAUAAUGUCAAGAGAAAUAUGUCAACAAAAGUUAGCGAGUUAACCGGAAAACAUGAACGAAUUGAACAACAAGAAACGUAACUAAUUGGAAGCAUCAACCUAGGGUUACAAAUAGAGUGAAAAAUUUUAACAUUUUAUUAAUUACCCGGUUGUCGAAGUAAAAACACAAUGUCUUUGACACCUAAGGACCUUGUCAAACUUUUGGAGAUUCUUGACGAAGGCAAGCUUGAUGUUCAAUUGGAAAAUCUUUCGAGUCAACUUCACCAAACAUUCAGUCCUGAAAAUCGGUUCAAAGUUGGAGUGACAUUGUUGCUCCUGUUGCAAAAUGUGGAUCUUCUGUUGAAUCAUAAUCAACGAAUAAUAGCAUUAUAUUUGCUAUUCGAUCUUUACAAAGGAAGAACUAUUGGACUCACGCCAUUCGUUAGUAUCUUUGUUCAAAUUUUUAGAACAGAAAGUCCAAUGGAAUACAAAGGGUUGCCGUCGAACGUGGAUGGGGAUGAUUUAAUGUUAUCUAGAAGUGAGAAAAACUUUUUGGCCAAACUUCUUGUGAGCGAUGAAAAAGAUUUAUUGAAACGUACACCGAGACAGAUAAUGGACGAAGUUUAUAUUUCGCCUGUAAACAAUGUUGCACUUUCCUCUUUACAACUUGAUUUAGUAGAACAUAAUUCUGAGCUUAUGUCAAUUAGCAAAUGCGGUUAUCCAAUAAUUCUACCCGACACGGACUCUACGAGCAGCAAAGAGACCAAUGGUAAUGUUAGUCAAAGUAUCAUUGAGGACUUGUGCAUCGGUAAUCCGCCUGUCUGUUACGAAAGUUAUCGGCCGGAAUUUCUCAGACUAGCCCCACCCCUGUACGUUUUUGAGCCUGAAAACACAUGGAUGAAUGUUGAAAGCCCAAUGUUAUUUUUACCGGAGUACGACACAAGCAUGUGUGUAUCAAAUUGUGCAGGUGCAGAAGCUCGUCGACUUAUGGGUAAAGCAUUCAAAAGUGUUUUGACGCUGCAACAACAACAACAUUUGGUAACCGAGCUAGAUAAGGAACCAAAGCUCGUUUAUCACAUUGGUCUCACACCUGCCAAGUUGCCAGAUCUUGUUGAAAAUAAUCCUUUGAUCGCUAUUGAGGUUCUUCUCAAGCUCAUGCAAUCUAGUCAAAUCACAGAAUACUUUAGUGUUUUGGUGAACAUGGAAAUGUCUCUCCAUUCGAUGGAAGUAGUCAACCGUCUCACCACCACUGUUGAUUUGCCAACUGAAUUCGUACAUUUAUAUAUAAGUAAUUGUAUAUCAACUUGUGAAACAAUCAAGGAUCGUUACAUGCAAAACCGGCUUGUACGUCUGGUCUGCGUUUUCCUACAAUCUCUCAUUAGAAAUAAAAUAAUCAAUGUUCAAGAAUUGUUUAUUGAAGUUCAAGCAUUUUGCAUUGAAUUUAGUCGCAUAAGAGAGGCCGCUGCGCUAUUCAGGCUUCUCAAGCAACUGGAAUCCGGAGAUGUUGGUAGCUUGAAUACGCCUUCUCUCAAAAAAAACGUGGACAUAUGUUGAAAAAUUGGUGGCUCUGUAAAAUCAUUUUUGCAAGUACGAUGUAAAAAAUUGUAUAAGAAUAAAUUCAAAUAAAAU